CCUCGUCAGUCACAACACACCUGAAAUCCAUGGCUCUCUGAGAUCUCUUAUUUCUUCAUGGGAUCUUCUUGGAACUUGGACCACCAAACUCAAUGACUCUUCCGGCACCAUGUCUGUGAACGACGUUGAUACAAACGGCCACUCGCCAAAGAGGCGCAAAGUCAGCCACGAGGCUAAGCAAAGCAAAGAGAAAUCAGGAUCAUUGCAGGAAGGUGCUCAAGAUUCCAAUGAGCCUUUGCCUUCCGCUCGUCAAGUAUCCAAUCACAAGCCUCGGUCAAACAGUUUCACCAAAAUGAAAGCUGCUGCUCUGCCGGCGGGAGGCGUCAGCAAAUCUUCCAUAAUCGCUCUACAAAUUUCGGACCUGAGUACAGAAGUAACGCCCGAAUAUGAUAGCCUCCGACACAAGUGGACUCCGGUUGUCCGCAACCUAGAGUCUGUCAUCAAACAAAUCCCAGAGAGAAAGCCGAUCUCUGGAACUGAAGCAGCAAAAUCAUUUCGCAAACAAGGCAUCACAAUCCCCUUCCCUGAACCUCGGCCUACCAAAGACACAAAUUACAAGUUCGAGUUCAAACCACCAAGCUCGAUCAAGACCCGCGGUGCUCUAGUGGACAACCUUAGUGUCAAGCAUGAGAACUUGAUUGACAUUCGGGUGAUCAUGCCGGAGUCUCUGUUUCAGGAAAAGGACUAUCUCAACAACAGGGCAUUCCACAAGGCCGCAUUCUACCUGUCAUGUAUUGCGCUAUCUCUCAAAGAAAGCUAUCCCAAAGAAUUUGACUGGUCAUUUUCCCACCAACACGAUCUAGACCUUCUGCCUAUCGUUUGCCUAAUACCAAGAGAUCCUCAGCUUGCCAAAUUCACCUUUCAAAUUUCUGUCGGCUUUCCCAGUGCAGUCAUUCCUAUCGAAAAGACUUCUCCAACCAAGGUUUGCUUGAGGAAUUCUACGGUGUCCGACGAUGAGAGCGACAGGAAACCAGUCCCAGUCUAUAAUGGUGCCAUUCGUUAUGCAGCAUCAUCUUCAUCUUUGGCCGAAAGGACCAAACUCAGUCGGAGCCCGGCAUUUGACGAAAGCUGUCGAGUUGCGCAAAUCUGGCUGCGACAACGAGGCUUCUCCAGCGCGAUCAGCGAAGGUGGAUUUGGCUUUGAUGAGUGGUCACAUAUUUGCGGUCUCCUGCUACAACAAGGGGGCCACCGAAACCAUCCACUUUUCUCAAAGCAAUACAGCAGUCUCCAGUUCCUAAAAGCAAUGCUACAAAUUCUAGCCGUCCGAGAUCUUCGAGAUCCUUGGAUCAUUGGAGACAUCAAGGUUGAAAUUCCACGAUCAGACGUGCCAGUAUUGUACGACGUCACGAAUGGAUUUAAUGUCCUGUACAAGAUGACGCCUUGGUCGUAUGAGCGAUUGAGGCAUCAUGCUCAACUCUCUCUGACUGCACUCAAUACCAAGCAUCAAGAUAACUUCGAGUCCAUCUUCUUGUUUAAAGUUGCCGAACCAUUUUUGCAGUACGACGAAGUAUUGUCCAUCAACAUCCCGGGGAAGUCUUUCGCUUCCACCGCAGAACGAGUUCAGUAUCUGCAGAGAUUAUACAGUGUUAUCUCACGCGGUCUUGGUGACCGCACUAAUUUGAUCAACUUCACUUUCCCCAAGGCUCAAACAUGGCCCUUAAAACACGAUCACGGAGCAUCUACUACGGACAUCCAGGUCGAGGUCGGGCUGCUCAUCAAUGCCGAUAACAUCACUCGUCUAGUGGAUCAUGGCCCGUCCGCUGACGAGCAACAAGAAGCAGCAGAGUUUCGGGAGUUUUGGGGAGAGAAGGCCGAAUUACGACGCUUCAAGGACGGAAGCAUAUCAGAAAGUCUUGUCUGGUUGCCGGGAACUCCUGUCACACUCCAAAUCAUCAAGCACCUUGUUCUACAGCACUUUAAGCUGUUGCCAAGUUCAGUGACCCGUCGAAGUCGAGAUCUACAGUCAGAUCUUCUUGAGGAAGCAGACGCCGUGUCAACCAAGGAUGCCUUCCGUCUCAUAAACAACACCUAUCAGAGCCUGACUUCGACACUACAUGGCCUGCAAGGUCUUCCUCUUCCUAUACGCUCAAUCUCUCCUGCAGAUGCAGCACUGCGCUCUUCAACGAUCGACAACCCCCUGAUCCCACCAGCGUCCAAACCAAUCGAUAUUUUAAUCCAGUUUGAUUCCUCCGCUCGUUGGCCUGACUCUCUCCCAGCGAUACAACAUACCAAGAUCGCUUUCCUGCUAAAAGUGUCAGAACUGCUUUCAUCAUCAGACCAGACGCUGACAACCCGCAUCGGACUCGAAAACACUACUCAAGCAACAUCCGGGUAUUUCAACACCUCCUUCCUCGACAUCAUCUAUCCAUCUGGCGGCCCCGGAAUCUCACCAAUCUGUUUCCGCGCCCGUAUCCUCCACGAUCGAGAAUCCCACCUCUUGCAAACCGCCCUAUCAGACAAAACAUUGCACGGCUCGGUCCGCGAUUCCAUCAACACCGCACUAACAGAAUAUAAGAGCGCGUUUCUCGCCUCACCGAUCCACACCACCACUAUCCGUACACUGUGCACACGAUUUCCGCCUCUUUCAGGCACAAUACGACUCCUGAAGAAAUGGAUCUCAUCGCACCGAUUACUCGACCACAUCCCACCAGAGAUCCUCGAGAUUUUAGCCGCGCAAACAUUCCUCCAGCCGACCCCUUGGGCCGCACCGGGUUCAUGCACCACUGCAUUCCUCCGUUGUCUUCACCUACUGUCGCGAUGGGAUUGGACGACCGCACCACUAGUGGUAGAUUUGAGUCUCGGACAGGAAAUGUCGAGUUCGCAGGUCGAUGUCAUCAAGACGAGGUUCCAAGCUUGGAGGAAGCUGGAUCCUAGUUUCAAUAAAGUCGUUUGGUGUGUUGGCACGAACUUGGACGAGACGGGGACGGUGUGGACGGGUAAUGGACGUGUUGAGAGGGUGGUGGCGUCGCGCGUGCGCGCUUUAGCUAGCGCCGCGAUCGACCGAGUGAGGAGCAGUCAUGAAGACGGGAUGGAUGCCGGUAGCUGGGACGGCUUGUUCGUCGGUGACCUAGAAAACUACGACUUCAUUAUCCGAUUGAAGCGGUCUGUCACCGGCAAUGCGAGAUCAAAACGCAGGAGAAGCAGUGCCGGCGAGGCUGUCGACAGUGUGGUCGAGUAUAAGAACUUGCAGAUCGGCGAGGCUUUGGAUAUCGACUCGAUUGGUUUUGAUGCCGUGCAGUUGUAUCUCGAGGAUCUGAGGUUUGUGUUUGGUCAUACGGCGCUGUUCUUCCAUGAUGGAUCUGCCGCUGGAGCGAACUCGGUGAUUGCGGGUCUGUGGAGACCUUCUGUCAAAGGAGAAAAGGAGUGGCGAGUUCGUUUGGGCUGGUCGAGCGUACCGCUUCCGAUCAAAUCUGGGGAUGGUGAUGAAGAGGAUGCCGAGAAGUUCAUGUGUACAUUCAAUGGAGACGCCGUCCUUGCUGAGAUGGCUGCUCUGGGUGAGGGUUUGGUCAAGGAGAUUAAAGGGAACGAGUAAGGACGGUAAAGGAGAAAACAUUAGCGAGAGAUACUGAUGUCUUAUACAAGAAUUCUUUUCUUG